GGGCGAAAUCGCUCAACAAAGCCGAUCUUGGGUAAUUUCGUUCGGCACAUGACGCAUGGAGCAGCCAGUCUUUGAAGGGCGCCCAGGGAAGCUGCCACAUUGGGCCAGCAAUUUGGAGGAACAUGUCGACAAAAAGCUGCUGAUCAUCUUGCGUGAUGGUCGGAAGCUCAUUGGCUGGCUGAGGACCUUCGACCAAUUUACAAAUCUUCUUGUCGAGCACAUCGUAGAGCGGCACAUCAUUUUUGAGGAGAAGGUCUUUGCAGACAUCUACCUUGGCACCAUGCUAAUCCGAGGGGAGAAUGUUUGCCUCUUUGGUGAGGUGGACCCUGAACGACAGGACGGCCUCACAGAGGCACCCCUCGCUGAUGUCCUUGCAAAGGAGGCUCAAAACGAGGCCUCCGAUGGGAAGAAAGGAAUGGAUCUUUUUGCGGAAGCUGAGUCCUGACACAGAGGACUUGCCAGCGCAAGGAGGUCAAGAAAAGGUCACUGAGCAGUCAAGUGCUGGGGUCGACCCAUUCUGCGUGACCUGUACUGUGCACGUGUGCACGCUACUGAAUCUCUUCGUCCUG